CGUCACCGCCCCCGGAAUUGAGAGUGUGGAGGUGAAGGAGUAAACAUGGCUGCGGGGUCGCUGUGCAGAGCUGUCGGUGUGUUUCAGCUCAGCAGGACAGCAGCACUAUCCGCGGGGACUCGUUUCUACUCGCACACUCAACCGGAGCCGCUGACGGUGAGACAGCAACACAACGGAAUAAGGUGCAUUCAGAUAAUGACUCUCAUACAGGACAUACCUGUUCCAGUGAUCGCCAUGGUGAAUGGCGUCGCCACGGCGGCUGGUUGCCAGCUUGUUGCCAGCUGUGACAUUGCCGUGGUGACGGAGAAGUCCACCUUUGCCACCCCGGGUGUCAACGUGGGUCUGUUUUGCUCGACGCCGGCGGUGGCCAUCGGCAGAGCUGUGCCGAGGAAGGUUGCCAUGGAGAUGCUGUUCACAGGGACUCCCAUCUCAGCCCAUGAUGCUUUGCUGCACGGUCUGGUCAGUAAGGUGGUGCCAGAGGAACGACUGGAGGAGGAGACAUUGGCCAUCGCCCGGCGGGUGUGUCAGGCCAGCCGACCUGUUGUAGCCAUCGGCAAGGCCACCUUCCAAAGACAAAUGGCUCAAGGUCGAGAUGCAGCGUACGCCACAGCCUCCAAGGUGAUGGUUGACAACUUGGCUCUGAGAGACGGACAGGAGGGGAUCCGGGCCUUCAUAGAGAAACGCAAACCAGUGUGGAGCCAUAAAACAGAAAAAGCCCACGACUGAUGGACUGACGUUGGAUCACUGCAAUGAUCUCGUGAUUAUCCUGACUGGUGCACUGGUGUGGAAUAAUUAACACCAGUUCCCAAAGCCAAUGUAUGAGCUGUAUCGCUACAAGUAAAAUGAAUAAUUAAUAAUUUACAAGAUGACAUUGAUUGUUUGAAGUGUUGACUUCAUCUUUCAUCACGAGGAUUCCCUCCUUUUGAGCCGUUGUGUGCCUUAAAAGCUGCAGUGUGGAGCAGAAAAUACACUGUUACCACCCAGAGGACUCAAAAUGUUUAAUGACAUAGUGGACUCAUAAAGCUAAUGGAGAAUGAAUGCUGCUCUUUGUAUUCGUAUAAUGUUAAAUGCUAUAUAGGUUACACAUAGUGGUAGAAAUGAUUCCAUAUGUCCAGCAUGUUAUCAGGGCAAGAAGACCUACUGGUUGAAUCAUCAGCACAAAAGAUAGAUUGAGUCAAUGAAGCAUUUUGAAUUUGUUGUACAGAUCUGAUUUGUGCCUUUGUCUUUCUUCAUCAUCUAAACUGCUGGUUUCUUAGAAGCAAAGUGUAAAUAAUUAAAACGAUGGCCAAAACAA